GGCGGCCGCGGCGCCUUCGCGGACGGCGGCCGCGCCGCAGAUCGCCCGCUGAGGCGGCUGCUGGAUGCGGUCUGCGCGGCGGGGGCGGCGGCGGCGGCGGCGGCCCUGCUGGCGGCGGCCCUCAGGCCUCUCGCAGCGUCUGCCGGCUUGCUGCUGUGGUGGGCCGCCGGCCUGCUCUACCUCUCCCUCAGCAGCGCCGGGGGCGGCUUCGCGGGGCGCGCCGGCGGCGGCGCGGCGGCACCGGAGGCCGCCCCCCUCGCGCUGCCCGCCGCUGCUCACCACCAAGGCGCAGCUGCCCGAGAAAGGGCCUCGCCGUCGGCGCGCCCUGCCCUCGGCGGCGGCAGCGGCUCUGCCGGCGGACAGUGGCGGAAGCUCG